GCACAUCAUAUGAUGAAGUUGUGAAGAAGCCGAACGUCCCGUCCGAGUUUCCUGAUCAGAUCGGUCAGCGCCGAGGAUCGAUACCGGACUCCGGAUCACACGAACGCGCAGGAGAGGCUGCUUCUGGCUGCGGGAUGGAAGGCGUGAGGCUGGCGGCUUUGCUCGCGGUCCUGCUGCAGGCGGCUGCGGGGCGCUCGCAGCUCCCACAGAUUGAUCCGCUGAUUUAUGAUGAGCAGCUGCUGUGGGUGGGCGGGGGAGCAGGUGAAGUGAACACGUACAGGAUCCCUUUGCUGACGUUUACAUCACAUGGAAGUCUGCUGGCCUUUGCUGAGGCCAGGAAGCAUUCGUCAGGUGAUGUCGGGGCUAAAUUCAUCGCAGUGAGACGUUCUGAAGAUAAAGGAGCCACAUGGUCUCCCACAUCCUUCGUAGUGGACGACGGUUCUCUGGUGGAUGGUUUGAACCUGGGCUCGGUCGUGGUGGAUGAACAGAAAGGCUCUGUGAUGCUGAUCUACUCCCUGUGCUUCCACCUUUAUCAAUGCAGCCCCUCCAGCACCAUGCUGGUGGAGAGCCUGGAUGAUGGUCAGACUUGGAGCCCUCCUCGCAACCUCUCUGUCCAGCUUGGGGUCAAGAGUUUCGCCCCUGGACCUGGUUUUGGCCUUCAGAAACGCUAUCCACCUGCUAAAGGCCGUCUGGUGGUGUGUGGUCAUGGCACUAUUGAGGGUGAUGGUGUUUUCUGCAUCCUGAGCGAUGAUCAUGGGCAAACGUGGAGAAACGGAGCUGCACUGAAGAGUAUCCCCUACAACCAGCCCAAAAAGAGCCUGGACUUCAACCCGGACGAGUGUCAGCCGGUGGAACUGCAGGAUGGAAGUAUAGUCAUUAACGUGCGAAACCAGAACAACUACCACUGCCGCUGUCGUAUGGUGGUGCGGAGUCUGGACGGAGGCGAGACGCUGCCUGUGGAGGAGCUGGUGUUUGACUACACGCUGGUGGACCCUGUGGUAGCGGCUGGAGCUCUACAGAAAGAUGGAGUGCUGUACUUCAGCAACCCAGCCAACUCCCACCAGAGGAUCAAUAUGACUCUCCGUUGGUCUCUAACAGAUGGUAGGUCGUGGGUGAACGAGGCCCUACAGAUUUGGCAGGGGCCGAGCGGUUACUCUUCGAUGACGGCGCUUGUCGGUAAUUCUGUUGAAGACAAGAAGUAUGUCUUCGUCAUCUACGAGAAGGGCCAUAAGAGCUCUGUUGAGACCAUCUCUGUCGCCAAGAUACACCUGUAUGGUGGCAGGUAAAACGAAAGUGAACAGUGUGAUGGAAAGAAAAAGGGAAACGGAAGUCACCUCAUUAAAUACUGGACCACCUGGAAUUUGUGGAUUUCAUGCAGUAAUUGAGACAACAAUCAUACAAAAAUAUUGAACUUUCUUGGUCAGAUUACGCAUUAAUUUUAUAUACAUAGAGAUAUAGAUAUAGAUAUAUAUAUCUAUAUAGAUAGAUAUAGAUAGAUAAAUAGAUUAUAUCAUUAAUUUUCUAAGUGAAAAUGAGUUAACACAUCCUCUACAGGUAAUAAAAUAAAAAAGACUUUUCUCUGUGAAUUUUAGUUUUACAUUUUCUGUUAAUUUGCUAAGUUCAACCAAAUGGGGAUAAAGGUCAAAUAUAAAUUGUGCCAUGACCUUUGCACAGGCUUUUAUCCCAAUACGUUAAAUUCAGGGAAUAAACAGUAAUUUUGCAUUAAAACGUGCAGACGUGUUUCUCUGUAGAGGACGUGUUCACUUUAUUUUUACUUUGAAACUCAAUGAUGUCAGGACUCGGAGCGCCUCGCCCUCCGACGCAGAGUCCUGGACGAUGUGGAUGAAACGCGUGUUGCUUAUCAAUUAAUUCCAAGUUAAGUUUUAGUGCUAAUUUAUUCUGUUCUUUAAUGCAAAAAAAGGGUCAUUAAAAUCAAAGGAUUCCUGCAAAAAGCAGAAAAGAGAAUACAGUCAAAAAGAUUAAAAAGCCUUCUUGCAGGAGGUUAAAGAAAUACGAAAGCCGAACUCCAGCCGAUGGUUCUGUUGAGGAAGGAGAAGGCCCUCUUUGUUUAUUAAGUUUCAGGUGACCAGUCGGCUCCCGGAUCGAAAAAAUGCAAAAAUUCACCACAUUUUUUCAAAUAUGGUCAGUGCUCCUCCCCGGGCACUCUCUUCACUCCUCCUCUCUGACCAUCCUAGGGUUCCCAUUGGCUAUCAUUAUAUUUACUUUUUGACACCUAUGUUUUGUCUGACAAGGACCAUUUUUACAACUUCUCCAUAAUGGGCCUUUUUUUAAUUAUUUAAGAGUUACGACCCAUUCCUGCUCGCUGCUUAUCUGUCUCCUCACUAUGUAUAUAUACUCACAGUGUAUUUCUUUACUUCUUUACUUACUUCGCUUAUCUCUCAAGGCCUUCUAACACUGCCUGGCACAAACACCUCUCGCACAGAAGCAUUAGGCCUAACUUUCCUACCUAAGGCUGCCGGCCUUGGUUAGGAUGACUCUAUAAUCUAUUUUAAUAGUUUCUAAAUGAAUGAUUGCUGCAGACCUUUUAUUAAUGGAUAUUCAAGGAUAUAUUUCAUUAAUACAUUCCCUCAAUAACAUGUAAUCUGACCAGAGAUGUCCAAAAUUUUGUGUACGAUUGUAAACGUUUGGCAACUGUAACAUAGAAGUUGAUCCCCUGGGCUGAAGUGGAGUCUAAUAGGUAGACAUGCUUAUUGUCUCCGUCUUGAAAUCAUCACAAAAAUCCAGCUUGGAGGUUCUUCAAACAGGGAUGGAAAAACCUGAGGAAUAUCAAGAAGAUGCGUAAUUGAUUGUCUUCUAACAGUUUAAAGCCCUCUUCAAAAUGGGCCAUCAAACCGUUUCACUAUUUCCCCACUCCAGCUUAGCCAAGUCAUCUCCCAGCAUGUGCAGUGAUUGCUUCAUGAGUUGAAAUGGCAAAAACACUGAACAUUACGGUCAUUACUUCCAGGACGGGAGUUUAACAUGGAUUCCAGAAGCACAUCAGUGUCUGAACAUCUGACCUUCAGAGCAAAAUGUGGCCUGGGAAUAUUUCCCUUUUGCAUUUAUUAAUUGAUGACUACUUUGUUAGUGUAGUGCAAGUACAACCCGCAGUAACUCAGCAUCUCAAAGAGUAUUUUUACGCUUCCAUGCAAAUGAAAACAGAGUUAUGGUAGAUGUUCGAGCUGCUUUCACUCUCUGUUGAAAAUGCAUGUGGUUUAUUUUUGCCUUCAUUUCAUUCUUCUGUGCACAUACAGUCGCAUGCAAAGGUUUAGGCAGCUCUGGUCAGAUUAUAUGCUUAGAUUUAAUUUUCCAAGUGAAAAUAAGUGAACACGUCCUCUGAAGAAUUUUUUUCCGAAUUUAACAAAUCGGGCAAAAAAAUGUGACCUGUGCAAAUGUUAUGGCGCUUUUUAUAUUUUGUUUUAUUUUAUCCAAUAUGUUGAUCUCAAGUAUAUAAAAUUGUGCACUAAAAUUUGCAGAACAAUUGCUUAUUUAAAUUUAUUCCCUCUAGAUGUGUUAAUUUACUUACAUUUAGAAAAUAAAAUGUGCAAGAGGGGUACAAAAUUUUGCAUGUAGUCUUGAGGAUAAGUGAAUGAGAAGUUUGAUAUAUGAGGCCCUAAGGGCUAUUAAUAUGCAUAGUUGAUUUAUUAUUAUUAUUAUUAUUUUUUGUAUUUUCAGUAGUGAUAUAGUUUAAUACAUGUAAUAAGUGUGGUGAUCCGGUGCUGAAGAAAAAUCACAUGGCACCCCCCUUUAAAUCACAACAUGCACAAUGGAAUCAAGAAUUGAUUGAUUUUGGGAUUUAGUAUGCACCUCCAGCAGUCCAGUAUUCAGAUCAGUUGUCUUUUACUGGUUGUACUGUACGAAUGAAUUUUUGAACUCAGGUAUUCUUUCUCUUGGACAUAUUAUUUUUAAUGUGCUAAGAACUCCUAAUACUGGCCUUAGGAGAUGGGCUACAAUAGAAUGUGAAAGGAGCAUGCCAUUAACCUCACUGUAUUAGUGUACAUAUGACUUCACUCCAGUCAUUACAGUUUGUCCACUGUUUUAUUUCAAACAGGAAAUGACGUCAAAUAUGCAAAGAGAUGAGAGAAAGUGUACGAGUGAUCAAUUUAUGUUUGUCUUAAUUCCAGUUGUACUUCUGUGAAGUCAAAAUACACUUUUAAAAACCCA